UCCUCCUUAUCGAUUGUCUUCCCCCGCCAUCGCCCGAUUUAGUCAUCACGUGGCGCAGCACUUCUCGAACGUUCCCGCAACCGUAGAGCAGAGGUUGAGUAAGCUGCCUAAGCUGCCUAAGCGGACGUCACUCUCUUCGGACUUAGGAAAUUGCGGAUCCUUCUUCUAUCGUCCGCGACAACCUAUAUAAGCCUAUAAGACAUCCUACAACACUCCCCUACAAUUGAAAGCCAUGGCGUUCGUGCUCCGACGCCCGUUCGCCGUCUCAUCGGCGCUGCGUCAAAUUCCCAAGGCUGCCAACAACGCUCGUUUCAUCCACAACGCUCCGUUCAAGCCGUCGUCCUCUGCAUCAACAAAGCCCCUAGGAUCCGCCGGUCCAUCAUCGAUCUUCGCGAAGUCGCGCCAGACGUUCCAGAAUGCCUUCCGCCGGACAUACAUGCAGCCCAGCUAUGGUGUUGCGCAGGGUGGCAACACGACGCAGCGGCUACUGUACGGCGCUGCCAUCGUGGGAGGAACCGUCCUCGCCACGAACUUCAUCUUCAACCGGGAGACCCGUGAAGAUGGCGGCAUGCCUGCGUAUGAGCGCAGCUAUCUCAAUGAAACGUUCAUGCACACUGGUCUUGGUAUUGGUAUCAUCGGUAUUGCUGCUCGGGCGCUGCAUAUGAAUGGCUGGUCCUACCGUCUGAUGGCCUCGAACCCUUGGCUAGUCGCUGGUCUUGGUUUGGUCGCUAGCAUCGGUACCAUGUACGGCACACUUUACACUUCGCCCGACAACUACGUCCUCAAGUACGGCCUGUGGGCUGGUUUCAACCUGACUCAAGCUGCGCUGCUCUCCCCGCUGAUGUUCAUGCACCCUGCGCUGCUUGCCCGUGCUGGCCUCUACACUGUCGGAAUGAUGGGUUCGAUUGCCUUUGUGGGCGCCACCGCCAAGCAGGAGAAGUACCUGUAUCUGGGCGGUCCCCUCCUCGCUGGUGUCACCAUUGUCGCGCUCUCCGGCCUCGCACCCCUCGUGGUCCCCGCCACCGCUGCCCGCACCUUGAUGUGGUCUGAGCGCAUCUGGCUGUACGGCGGUCUCGCCGUGUUCGGCGGCUUCACCCUCUAUGACGUGCAGAAGGUCCUGUACCACGCCCGCAUGUCGCAGCGGGGGCUGAUGAGACGUGACCCGGUCAACGAAAGUAUCAGCCUGGAGUUGGACUUCAUCAACAUCUUCAUUCGCAUGGUACAGAUCCUGGGCAUGCGUAGCCAGAACCGCAAGUAAGAUGGCUUCUUAUUUUGGGAAUCGGUGGAUCAAAUGCUUUCCAGACACUAGAAGGAAGAUGAUAUCCAGAGGAGGAACAAAAUAAGUGCUUCUUCUUCUUCUUAUAAUAUGGGCUGCGCGGUGCACACUACUGUCAUGUACACUACUGCUUUUUUUUUCUGGCCCUGCCGACUGCACCGACACGGGGAGGAUACAUAUCCUUCCGUCGACUCGGCACGGGCAGA